AGACCUAGCGGCUGUGGGACACUCCCAAAAAAGCACACACACACACACCAAUCAAAACCAUCCGCUAGAAUCACACAAUGGUCUGAACUGCUGCUCAGCUCAGCUGGAUGUGUGGGGUUUUUUACAGUGUUUUACAGCAACUGCUGCCUGACUGGUUGUCUGUAGCAGUGUUUGCUGCCGACUGUAGACAGUCAGUCAGUCACUGCUGCUUCUCCUACUAUGGCGUCCGUGUUUAGCGGAUCGCACACGCUGAGCAAGGAUGACGUGAACUACAGGAUGCAUUUCCGAAUGAUCAACGAGCAGCAAGUGGAAGAUAUCACCAUCGAGUUCUUUUACAGGCCACACACCAUCACGCUGCUGACAUGCACGGUGCUCAGCCUCAUGUACUUCGCCUUCACUCGAGACGAUGGAAACCCUGACAGUAACGUUUGGGUGGGACUCAUCCUGGUCAUCUCUUUCUUCCUCAUCAUCAGUGUGUUGGCAUUUCCUAACGGCCCCUUCACCAGACCACAUCCAGCAAUAUGGCGGAUAGUUUUUGGUCUGAGUGUUCUCUACUUCCUGUUCCUGGUUUUCAUCAUCUUCCUCAACUGGCAGCAAGUGAAGCACCUCAUGUUUUGGUUGGACUCAAACCUGCGUCAUGCCAAAAGAGAAGCAGACGUCAUGGAGUACGCUGUGAACUGUCAUGUCCUCACCUGGGAGAGAAUCCUGAGCCAUUUUGACAUCUUUGCAUUCAGUCAUUUUUGGGGCUGGGGUAUGAAGGCCCUGCUCAUCAGAAGUUAUGGACUGUGCUGGACCAUCAGUAUUACCUGGGAGCUCACUGAGCUCUUCUUCAUGCAUCUCUUGCCUAACUUUGCCGAGUGCUGGUGGGACCAAGUGAUUCUGGAUAUUCUGCUGUGUAACGGAGGAGGCAUCUGGCUUGGCAUGACCGUGUGUCGCUUUUUGGAGAUGAGGACCUAUCACUGGGCCAGUAUCAAGGACAUCCACACCACCACAGGGAAGAUCAAACGAGCCGUCCUACAGUUCACCCCUGCGAGCUGGACCUACGUACGUUGGCUUGACCCAAAAUCCUCCCUGCAGCGAGUGGCGGGCGUCUAUCUGUUCAUGAUCAUCUGGCAGCUGACGGAGCUGAACACGUUUUUCCUCAAGCACAUCUUCGUCUUUCCUGCCAGUCACGCUCUGAGCUGGUGUAGAAUCCUCUUCAUCGGUAUCAUCACAGCACCAACUGUGAGGCAGUAUUACGCCUACCUCACAGACACACAGUGUAAGAGAGUUGGGACCCAGUGUUGGGUGUUUGGGGCAAUCGCCUUUCUGGAGGCCCUGGCGUGUAUUAAGUUUGGACAGGACUUGUUCUCAAAGACGCAGAUUCUCUAUGUGAUCCUUUGGCUUCUGUGCCUGGCCUUCAUUACAUUCCUGUGUCUGUACGUUAUGGUGUGGUAUGCAGAAAACUAUGGUCCAAGAGAAAAGUUCCUCUCAGAAUGCGAGGAUAGUAAUUACACAGAACCUGCCGACCAAGUGUCACCAGCAUAUAAAGGAGACAGUGACACAUACGAAGACAGUCCUACAACCAGACACAGACGUAAAGGCUCAGAAAAGACCAAGACCAUCAACGGCAUGGACAGCCAGUAGGAAACUGGCCAGAGAUUGGUGGGUGACCUCUGAACUCCCCCCAAGGGAUCCAGUGUGAAGGAUCACAGGUUUAGUAGGGGGUUUAAGUUGCAGCCACUUCUUGGUAUAAAUGAAGUCCAGAAAGCCCCUGUCUGUAGUCGAGGGGGAGGAGACGGGUGGGACAUUAGUGAAUUAACAGGUCCGUGCUGCAUUAUUAGGAGUUCACUGAGGCGUGGACUUCAGAGACGCACGGUCAGCCGCGUGCUGUAGUCUUUUAAUGUUCCUGAACCACUGAUCACAGGUUGGUGUGACAAGAGAAAUGACGUAGUGUGAGUGGGAGAAAAGGAAAAUAACAGUAAAAAAAAACAGCCUCUUGUACAUGACACUGCAUGAUCAUUGUAUCCGAUGGAGUAAACUUUACAUUAUCCUACAAUAUUGCACCUACCUACAGUAUAUUAGUACACGUGGCUGGUUUUAACACCGGCUCUAUCUUCAGUAUGUUGCUCCUGUUUCUAUUUCAAUGUUAAAAGCCAUGUUUGUUUGUAGCACUAAAAUGUCUCUUUUACUGUAACAGAUUGUCGAUUUACCUUGUUAGGUGUUUCUUUUUAUCAAUGCAAGCUUACGCUCCACUGGAUUAUUGACUGAAUUUUGAUUCAACCCAUCACUAGGCAGUGCAGCCACUUUUCCAGGAUAUUUUCUUGAUAAUAGUGUUGGGAUAUAUUAGGAAUCAAUGUGACAUUUGGUUAAAAAAAAAGUUUUAAUUCUAAAAUGUCCAUCUGCUAUUGGCUGCUAUUUUUCCACUGUAAUGGCUCCAGCCGGUGUGUUCUGGCUCUCGCAGCAGUGUGCAGUUGGUUUACUUUUAUGGUUGACCCUCACCCCUGUGUAUAAGUUUCACUUUCAUGGCCACGUCAAGUCAAAUUGUCUUGUUUUUGUGAAGUAAAUUGUUAACGGUUGUCACCUGAAUUUGUAUUACACGACACUGGGACUCUACUGUUAUUCUCUGUGUCUUUCACUGUAGCUGAAAUGUGUCUGUGUGUCUGGUAUUCCCUUGUUUUUCCUUUUUCUAAUCUUUGUACGUUCUUUGUACAUUCAGGAUCAGGUUUGAUUCCUCUGCCCUUUUGCUAGUAUCCUGGUACAGAUAUACUAACCACGACAGUCCUUGACAAUCCAGACACCAACCUUUGUGGAAUGGACCAUGCUACAACUUUAGACACUAUAAAAGGUACCUUAUCUCUGGCCGAACUUUCCAAAUGCAGUCCAACAGAAAAUGUCCCGCGCUGUUCUCUAUUCACUGUGAAAUAUUGAAACACAUUAAAAUGUUUUACAUUUUGUUCGAAAA